UAUUCUCAGAGAUAACCAGUGUUAAAGUUUGGGAUAUCUCUUGACUGUCUUCUUUAAAAUAUAAUGUAUACCUGUAUACACAUAUUGUAUACAUAUACUAUAUACACAUUAACUUUUUAAAAACACAAAUGAGAUCUGUAACUUGCUGUUUCCAUAGCAAUAUAUCAUGGAUAUCAUUACUUGUCAAUAUGUAGAGAUGUACUUUAUCCUUUUUAACAGUUCUUUAGUGUUUCACUGUCGACAUGUCAAUAUUUAUUCCCUAAACCUCAAUUUUGGUUAUUUUCAAUUUUCUACUAUUGUAAACAAUGUUAUAAUGCAGAUUCUUGUACAUACAUCUUUGGGUAUUUGCUUCAUUAUUUCCUUAAGAUAAUUUCCUAGAACUGGAAUUGCUGUGUUGAAGGAUAUGAAGUUUUAUUUUUAUCUGUCUUCAACUUUAUUUAUUUAUUGCUGUAUAUUGCCAGAUUGCCCACCAAAUAUUAAUUAAUAAUUUACAAUCUUGGCAUCAUAGUAUAGUUCUAUGAACAGGGAAUACCUAGUCCAACCUGAAGUUCAAGAGCGACUUCUUGGAGGAGGUGACCCUGGGUCUGAGUCAUGGUGAGAAUUUAUCAAGCCUUCAAAAGAGCAGAUAAAUAAUCCACAAGGACCCCGGAUCAGAGAGUGCUCUGAGCUGGGUUGCCCCACUGUGCUUGUAUCUGCACGCUCCAACACUAGGCAUCAUUGACAUAUUAAAGCUUAGCCAAAUAAAAUUGUUCUUUGUCAUUCUGUUUUCAACUUUUACUUAUUCAUUAGGAUGAUUUCAUAAUCCAUUUCCUGGUUUAGAGGAAACAGGAACAAUGGCUACUGAGAGUACUCCCUCAGAGAUCAUAGAAAGAGAACGAAAAAAGUUGCUUGAAAUCCUCCAACAUGAUCCUGAUUCUAUCUUAGACACGUUAACUUCUCGGAGGCUGAUUUCUGAGGAAGAGUAUGAGACUCUGGAGAAUGUUACAGAUCUCCUGAAGAAGAGUCGGAAGCUGUUAAUUUUGGUACAGAAAAAGGGAGAGGCGACCUGUCAGCAUUUUCUCAAGUGUUUAUUUAGUACUUUUCCACAGUCCGCUGCCAUUUGCGGCUUAAGGCAUGAAGUUUUAAAAUAUGAGAAUAUGGUACCUCCUCAAUCUAUGGAGGCAAGCAAGAAUUCAGAAGAUGCUUUUUCUCCUGGAAUAAAACAGCCUGAGACCCCUGAGAUCACAGUGUUCUUCAGUGAGAAGGAACACUUGGAUUUGGAAACCUCUGAGUUUUUCAGGGACAAGAAAACUAGUUAUAGGGAAACAGCUUUGUCUGCCAGGAAGAAUGAGAAGGAAUAUGACACGCCAGAAGUCACAUUAUCAUAUUCAGUUGAGAAAGUUGGAUAUGAAGUUCCAGCAACUGUUACAUAUAUAAAGGAUGGACAGAGAUAUGAGGAACUAGAUGAUUCUUUAUACUUAGGAAAAGAGGAAUAUCUAGGAUCUGUUGACUUCCCUCAAGAUGCAGAAGCCACUGUGGAAGAGGAGGUUUAUGAUGACCCAGAGCACGUUGGAUAUGAUGAAGAGGACUUUGAGAUUUCAGAAACCACAGAGUUCUCCGGUGAAGAACCAAGUUAUGAGGAAUCAGAAACCAACCUUUCAUUGGAGGAGGAACAGGAGAAAAGUAUAGAAGAAAGAAAAAAGUUGUUUAAAGACAUCCUGUUAUGUUUGAACAUGGAUAGAAGCAGAAAGAUUCUGCCAGAUUUUGUUACACAAUUCUCCUUAGAUCGAGGACGUAAGUGGACCCCGGAGAGUCCAGCAGACUUAGCCUGGAAUUUCCUGAUGAAAGUUCAGGCACUAGAUGUGACGGCUAGGGAUUCAAUCCUCAGGCACAAGGUUCUGGAUGAAGAUAGCAAGGAGGAUUUGCUGCCUGGAGUGGAGAAUUUGGAAAUUCGAGACAUACAAACCAUUAAUCCCCUUGAUGUCCUUUGUGCCGCCAUGCUGUGUUCAGAUAGUUCUUUGCAACGCCAAGUCAUGUCAAACAUGUAUCAGUGCCAGUUUGCUCUUCCCCUGCUACUGCCAGAUGCAGAAAACAACAAAAGUAUCUUAAUGCUGGGGGCCAUGAAGGACAUUGUGAAGAAGCAGUCCACACAGUUUUCAGGAGGGCCUACCGGGGAGACAGAAAAGUUUCUGACUCUCAUGAAGAUGCCUGUCAUCUCUUUUGUGCGUCUAAGAUACUGUAGCUUCUCUAAGUCCAGAAUCCUCAACACACUUCUCAGCCCUGCCCAGUUGAAAUCACACAAAAUCUUUCUUCAUCAAGAUUUGCCUCUUUUGGUGCUUCCCCGGCAAAUCUCUGAUGGCCUGGUUGAGAUAACGUGGUGUUUUCCUGAUAACGAUGAUAGAAAGGAAAACCCCUGUUUUUUCCAAAAGCCUGUUGCUCUGGCUAAUCUCCGUGGAAAUCUAGAAAGCUUUUGGACUCAGUUUGGUUUUUUGAUGGAAGUUUCUUCAGCUGUGUUUUUUUUCACUGACUGUCUAGGUGAGAAGGAAUGGGACUUGCUAAUGUUUUUAGGAGAAGCUGCCAUUGAAAGAUGCUACUUUGUUCUCAGUCCCCAAGCCAGAGAGAGUGAAGAGGCUCAAAUUUUUCAGAGGAUGCUGAACUUGAAGCCAGCACAGCUACUGUUUUGGGAAGGGGGAGAUGCUGGGAACAGAAGGAAGAACAUGGAGGGCCUUCAAGCUGCCCUCCAGGAAGUGAUGUUCUCUUCUUCCCUCAGAUGUGUGUCUGUGGAGGAUAUGGCCGUCCUGGCCAGGGAGCUGGGGAUUCAGGUAGAUGAAGACUUUGAAAACACUCAGAGAAUUCAAGUUCCCUCAGGAGAAGACAUGGCUGGAACAGCUGAAGAUGAGGGUCAGCAAAGACGCAGUCAGCUAAAAAGCUCAUCUAAAAGCCAAGCUCUAAUGCCAAUACAAGAGCCUGGAACUCAAUGUGAGCUCAACCAGAAUCUUCAGAAAGUCUAUGGUACCCCAAUAUUCAGGCCUCUUCUAGAGAACUCCUGGCCCUUUCCAACCAGAAUUGGAGGUAACUUUAACCAUGUUUCCUUGAAAGCCCCCUGGGUUAUGGGCCACCCCUGUGGGUCAGAGCAGAGACCUAAGUGGUUCUGUCCUUUGCCCUUUCAGAAUGCAAGGGCCCGGGGCCAAGGUAAAAGUUUUGGUAUUCAAUCAUUCCAUCCCCAGGUAUUUUAUUCAGGUGAAAGAUUCUUGAAAUUUUCCAGAGUUGCUCGGGGAGGUCACUUGAAUGGAACAUUUGGGAGACCGCCAAGACCCAUUUGUCAGCAUGUACAGGCCUGCCCUGAGAGACCACAAACGAUGGGAACUCUUGAAAGGUCUGGGACAGUAGUCUCCCAGGUAGGUCACUCCUAUUCCCUGGGUUCACAGCCCGCAAGAGCAGUAAGGAAGCCAUGGCCUCAGCAAGCUUGUACCAGGGGAACAGAAUUAACUGAAGCAACUGGAAAACUGAUAAGAACAUCCCAUAUUGGAAAGCCUCAUCCUCAGUCCUUUCAACCAGCAGGAACCACACAAAAACUAAGACCUGCUUCUCAGCAAGGAGCCCAGAUGAAGAUGCAGGUUAGGGCUUCAAAUCCAGCUCUCCAAAUAGGGUCCUAUCCCAUAUCCAAGAGCUCUCAGUUCAAAUCCGAUCAGUCCAACCCAUCCACAGUCAAACACUCCCAGUCUAAACCCUUCCAUUCUGUGCCCUCUCAACCUAAACUCUCUCAGAAAAAAUCCUGUCAGUCCCAGCCCUCCCAAACUAAACCUUCUCCAUGUGAGCCCACUCAACCUAAGCCAAGCCAGCCCCAGCCUCCCAAGUCUAAGCCUUCUCAGCCUAGACCCACUCAACCUAAGUCAUCCUCAAUCAAUCCUUCACAAGCUAAGGCACACCACUCAAAAGCAGGGCCAAAGAGGGGAGGGAAGCAUUAAAGAACUAAGUCCAGAGAUCUAUAAAGCAUAUCCUUUACCCAGGCCAUCCCAAUCAUAUAGUAAGCAGAAGAGUUGCCAUAAAGGUGAAAGACUACUGUCACUAGCAUGUAAAACAAAGAAAGAUAUACAUGACCGAAUUGGAUAUCUUUUUUUCUUUGUUUGUUUGAGACAGAGUUUUGCUCUUGUUGCCCAGGCUGGAGUGUAAUGGCACGAUCUCGGCUCACUCCAACCUCCGCCUCCCAGGUUAAAGCGAUUCUCCUGCCUCAGCCUCUAGAGUAGCUGGAAUUACAGGCAUGAACCACCACACCCAGCUAAUUUUGUAUUUUUGGUAGAGGCAGGGUUUCUCCAUGUUGGUCAGCCUGGUAUUGAACUCCCAACCUCAGGUGAUCACCCACCUAGGCCUCUCAAAGUGUUGGGAUUACAGGCGUGAGUAACCACUCCCAGCCCGAAUUGGGUAUCUUUAAGAUAUCUGUGAGAGUUGUAUUCAUAACCAAGAAGAAAAAUAUGAAAAUAAGACUAGAAUCAAGCAGUAGAUAAUUGAAUCCAAUCUUGAGUAUUAUUAGAUAAUGUAUAGUUUGCGCCCAGGGAAUGGGGGUCUAUGAGACAGCCCCACUUGGAGAAGAAUGGGGUUAGGGUCUCUAAUUGCAAAGUAACUGUAAAACAGGACGAAAGUUGCCUCUGUGUCUGAAAAAGUGUCUUAGUUGUUGGCUGCUCCAGAAAUGUCUUUGUCAAAAGUUUCUGGUUCAAUAUCAGCCACUGAGCAGAUAACCCUGCUUAUUUGGUGUGGUUAAAUCAACUAGCUUCUGCUAAUAACCCCAAUUUGCUUGAAUGGUAAAACUCUCUCAUUUGACCCUUAUAGGUAGAAAUAAUGAAUUAACAACCAAUAAAAUUAAUUAUUUGGCAUUAA